CAAAGAUAACUUGGUCAAGAAAGCGGUAUUUGGUCUCUUCAAGUGAGAGUCAUUAGCCAACCCAAAACUCUGCUAGUAGUGCUUCUGCAUUAUGGACCUAUCUACUCUCACAACACCCUUUGGCAUAAAUCCUUUUAGGAUGUCCACAACUGUGAAGACAAGAAGAAUGUGCUACAUUCUAAUGGCUUCAAUUCUACUCACACACUUGGUCGGCGUAAAAAGCAAGCCUUUGUUUCUGUUUGAUGCUUCAACUCAACAAGCACCCUUCAAGCAGUCUUCCACAGUAGCUGAUGAACAAGAAAGAAUUCAAGGCAUAUCAAAACAUGCUUUUGACUCUACACAGGGGAAUGAAAGGAAAACUAUGUUGAAAUCAAAGGAAAAAGGGUACAAAGAAGCAUUGAGGGGACUGAGCAGAUUAGGAUCAACACCACCAAGGUGUGAGCACAAGUGUGGAGGCUGUAUUCCCUGUGAUCCUAUUCAAAUUCCUACCAACAAUGAUCUUCUGGGUACUCAGUAUGCCAAUUACGAGCCUGAAGGAUGGAAGUGCAAAUGUGGCAAUGCUUAUUUCAAUCCAUGAUCACCAAACCAAAACUUCAUGUUAUAUGUUUGUGCAUAGCCUUUUGAAGUUGAAUGUUUUGGAUACAACUGAUUAAGAUUUGUGUUAAAACCAGCAAGUCUCUCCACAUUGAUCUUAGAUCAUUGGUUGCUAAUUAAAACUAACAAAUAUUAGAUGAUUUGUUGCUAUUUUACUACUU